AUGGACCAGGUGACAUGGCCUAAUAUUAUCAAGGAAAAAGGUUGGGGCUCCAUCAAACUUGCGACUUCACCAUUGGUGUCAUGCGUCGCGGACACUGCCUCUUGCAUUUCGCCUUGCUGGCUAACUUUCAACGAGCUGCCUUGCGCGGUGCCAGGCAUGAGGCACAGCGAGGUGCCCUGGCAGUACGACACCGCCAGGCCGCUCCCGCCCCCGGAGCACCCUCCGCAUCUAGUCUACUUGCCACAGGGGCUGCUCAGCAGUCGUACGGCAUUCGCGGCGCUGCACGCGCGCUGCCUGGCCCAGGGCCUAGCGCUCAAGGUUGUAACGGCGGCCUCCACUCCAAACCUACAAGUAGUGAUGCUCUUAGUGGCCGCCCACAGGCAGACCCACCAUUACCAACCGCCUAUGGCGGCAGCAGUACCAGCAGCGGGAGCAAGUAGAGGGGACAUUCCUCCAUUGCGCUCUUCCAUGUCGGCUCCUGCUCAGCCGCAGGCAUCUCUCACCAAUCCGACCGGGGACCCGAACAUCAAUAACCACCACAGCCGUCCUCCUCACCAAGACCAUCAACAACACCAUCAUCACCAGCAGCAACAGGAGAUCUUGUAUCCUUCUUGUCGUCCUUACCAGCCCAGCAGCGACCCCAGUAGCUGCCUGGGUGGCCCUCGUGAGGCGGGGAUGGUAUCAGGGGGCGGCGUAUGCGUGGCAACGGUGGUGAUGGCAGCGGGAACGGCGCCCUCGCCCACAGCUCCAGGGGGGUUGGAGGCGACAGCACCCCCUGAGGCCUCCGGGCAGCCGCCGCAGCAGCACGAAAGCCAACGGAGAGGGCUGAACGGCGGUGUGGGUGGUGCCGGCGCAGCGGCGGUGUCGGUGUCACCUACUCUGUCUGCGAUGCCGACAUCUACGCCGAUAUGGGACCAGCAGCUGCCGACUCAGGCGCUUACCGCAGAGGCGAAGGCGGGGACGGCCCUUGCGACAGUAAUGAGCAAUGCGACAGUGCAGAUGGCUGGAGCUGCUGGAGCAGGUCCAGCGGCAGCUGCCGGGGCAAUGGUUGCCGGGGUUGGGGCUGGGGACUCGGCAGCGGCAGCGGUGGUGACACCAGUUCCAUCAGCAACAGGAGGCGAGGAUGGUGUUGGCGUUGGGUGGUGGUCCACCAUAGGGCAGCCGGGAGGAGGAGUCGCCGCCACGAACCCUGUGAAUGGAGGAGGAGGGCGAGGAGGAGGAGGGCGGGGAGGGGGUCAGCUGUGCUUUUAUGCAUAUUUUGUGCCAUACAAACCGGGACGCGACCUGCGGCCCGACCAGCCGUGCAACGGCUGGUGGAAACGGCGCCUGGGCGAGCGUCGCAACCGUGACCGGGACAAGGACGUGUUGGCCUGGCGCCAGGACUUGCGGCUCCUGGGUCCCCGGCGACCCGACGGCCUGCCCUUGGGAGAGGCGCGUGUAAGGCUGCAGGGCUACUGGGACAGCUCCACGUCGCUGUGCAGGGGCGCGGCGGCGCCAGGGAAGAUGCAGUCUGGCUGGGAUUGGGUUGGUGGCAGCUCAUCCCUGCAGUUGCACUGCUGCCAGGUGACGUCAGUGCUGCCGGAGACGGUGUUCAUGUACUCCAUGCUGCCCUGGUGGCGUAAGCCGGACGACUUGCAGGGCACCUUGGAGCCGGUGAUGGCGCACCUGCACGACGGCUUCCUGCGGGAGUGCCAAUGCGCCGCGUGGGAGUGUGGGAAACUCAGGGCACGUCAGGCACUUCGUCAUGUUCGCGAGCAUGGAGUGCAGUACAUGUUGGAGGUGCGGGCAGGGGAGCGGCUGGGCGCAGGCCAGCUGGGGGUGUUUGCGGGGGAGGCCAUUCCCGCGGACACCUACCUGUUCGAGUACGUGGGAGUGUGGUUGCCCAGGGGCGAGCCGGAGAUGCUUGAGGAGGUGUAUGAGCCAGCAGGGUUGCAUUACCUGUACGACCUUAGUCACCGGUACGAGCUUCCCAGCGACAGGGAUGCACGGCGCGCCAAUGGCAGUAGCGCCGGCGGCGGUGUCACUGAGGUCAGCUGUGCCGCCGGUGGCGUUGGGACCAGCAGCGGCCGAGACAGGAAACGCCGCGCCGACCGGGCAACUUCUGCUGCCGCUGCUUGUGGGGAUGCUGAAGAUGACGGCGAGUCGGCUUACAUUCCUGUGGUGGUGGAUGCUACACAGCUGGGUAAUGUGGCUCGCUUCGUAAACCACCUAUGUGAAGGCGCAAACCUGGUGUCGGUCAACGUGUGCAUGGGUGGGUGUGCAUGGGUGGGUGGCCUGGAGGACAUCCACAUGACCAUCAUGAUGCGCACUGCCCGGGAUAUCGCUGCCGGGGAGGAGCUGACGUUGGAUUACCAGGCGGGAUGGAGCGAGGAGGAGAAGGCGAGGUUACAGGUCCACCCAGAGGGAUUGGUGCCGUGCAGGUGUGGUGCCCGCAAGUGCCUGGGCUACGUGUUUCCCUUUAUUGACCGACGAAGCACCGCAACCUGCCAAACGCCACCUAAGGUCCAAGCCCGACGAAAUGCCCCGGGUACCCGUCCCUGGGCUGAGGCCCCUGACACGAUCCCAUCCAUCGCCAACACCACCACAACAGCUUCCGAAGCGGCGGAUGCUACCGCCACCGCUGCCGGUAAGUUAGCUGCUGCGGCGGCGGCAGCAGCCGUGGCUAUGGGUAGGGAGGCCUUCGUGGGUCAGGAGCAGGAGGGAAAGGACAGGACAGGAGAGGAGGAGCCCACGGAGCACAAGGAGGCGGUGGCGAUGGAGGAGGAGGAGGAGGAGCAGAAGUGCUCCGCAUCCAUGAUAGGAGCAACCGGUGGUGGCGAGGGGGGUGGCGGCAACACUAGCAGUAGCCUGUUGCCCCCCAUUGCAAUUGGGGUGCAAAGGCAGUUUGAGCACGCACCGAUGGCAGAUACGGAGGGGAGGAACCCACUUUCUCCCUCCUCCCUUAGCCCGUCAUCCCACUACGGCAGUACAGCAUCAGUAUCAGUCACGACAUCCUCGGGUGCCGUACAGCGCCGUGAAAUGGCGUCCACCGGGAAGACGGCGCGGGUCAAGUUGCGGGUUUCGGCCUUUUGGGGCGACCUGUGCGAGCUAUGCUGGGGGCGGUCCGCCCUUCACAGUCCGUUCAUCCACGCGGUUGCGGCAACAGCUGCUACUGGCACAAAGACAGCAGCAGAGCUGCAGGCAGUUAAAUAUUAUCUUACAGUGCAUAGGACCGGAUCGCCGGUCUUGCGGCAGCCAGCUGGUUUUUUUGCUCUUGCCACAAACGUCAGAACAACACACCAGAAACGACUGUGCUCACUGUGCCCUGGUUCCUGGCUGGCUCUUGCUGAGGUCUGA